AUGUACGCUUCCGCUUUGUCCCUCGCCAAAUGGGGCGUCGUCUUCUCUGCGGCUUCUGCAGCUGCUGGCAAUGUCCAUAUUGCUCCUAGAGCUACCCAGGCCCCCUCAAGCACAGCAGCUGCGCCAGAGGUCACUGCUAUCACAGGGUGCCACCUCCACGCCUCAGACCUAUACUGUUUCGCUGGUAAGACAGAGUACCUAGUGGACAUCAAGGUCACUGCCACUACCGAUGUUCCUUCUCAAUACACUGACUGCCACUCUCAUGGCUCUGAUACGUUCUGUGUGGACUCGGAUGGUGAAGAUGUUUCUGUCAAGGCUGAAGGUGCCGAGUCUGAAGAGAAGGACACUCAUAAGGAAGGUGAAGAGGAACAUGGCCACGACCAUAGCCAUGAAGAAGGCGCGACCGAAACUGGAUCCGCUGAUAAGGCAGCUGAUAGCAACCAGCAUUGCCAUUUCCAUGCUGGUGUUGAACACUGUACAGGCGGAAGCGGCCACGGUGAGACGAGCGAGGCAGAGGCUGGUCCUGGCUCUUCAGCUUGCCAACCUCGCAGAAGAGACUACGAUGUUGGUCUCCGUGUCGGUCUUCUCUUCGUUAUUCUGGCCACCGGUGCCUUGGGUGUCUUUGGGCCUAUCUUAUUGCACAAGAUGAUGCCCAGCAAACUAAACGUCGUCCUCAUCGUGCUGAAGCAAUUCGGUACUGGUAUCAUCAUCUCUACCGCCUUUGUUCACCUCUACACUCACGCAUUCCUUAUGUUCAGCAACCAAUGCAUUGGUGAUUUGGGCUACGAGGCUACCACGUCAGCUCUCGCCAUGGCCGGUAUCUUCCUGUCUUUCCUCGUCGAAUACAUCGGAAACCGCGUUGUUCUCGCAAAGACAAAGGCAUCGGCUGAUCUCUCCGUGGCUGAGAGAAAGAACGCGUGGCUAUCCACCGAAGUCUUCAGCGUUCUUGUUAUGGAAGUUGGUAUUCUGUUCCACUCUCUUCUCAUCGGUUUGACACUCGUUGUCGCUGGCGAUGAAUACUUCCUCACUCUCUUCGUCGUCAUUCUCUUCCACCAAAUGUUUGAAGGCAUCGCUCUCGGAAGCCGAAUCGCUACUAUCGGUACUGCUGCCGACACUCACGGUGCCGCCGUUCCUCGCACUUCUCAAGACACAUCCUCCGCCCAAGACUCAGACAAGGCUCCCCCUGCGGCUACCGAGACCAUUCCUAACGAGGAGAUUGCCCCUACCGGUCUAACCAUGAAGAAGAAGCUCGGUCUUGCUUCGCUCUUUGCCUUCAUCACUCCUAUCGGAAUGGCCAUUGGCAUUGGUGUUCUGCAAAAGUUCAACGGUAACGAUAAGUCCACCCUUAUCGCCAUCGGUACGCUCGACGCUGUCUCUGCCGGUAUCCUCAUGUGGGUUGGUCUUGUCGAGAUGUGGGCUGCAGACUGGAUGACUGGAGGACAUGGUCACAAGGCUGAGCUUGCCGAAGCCAGCGCUCUCACUACCACCCUUGCGUUCAUAGGCUUGGUUGCUGGUCUAGUAGUGAUGAGUCUUUUGGGCAAAUGGGCGUAA